AUGACUGGCCAAACGCAGUCUGAUCUGCGUCCACCAACCGACAUUGAGAUAGAAGAGCUGAAGAAGAUUUACGGUUGGAAGAAGGCAUUCAAGACUUGGUGGAGUCGGGCAGAUGCCAAGGAAAAUGAGAAGAAACUUUUAUCAACACUAGAGUUCUUUCCAGGCGGCGACUCUAUUCGCAAUUGCGAGUUGUUAGAUGUUGAUAUUGGCAACAAACAGCACAUUCAUGAAUUUUCGAUCCAAAAUAUUGAGUCGUGCUCUCGCGACUAUUGUAAGGACUUGGUGAUGGUGCAUGGGUAUGGAGCGGCUCUCGGACUUUUUGUGAGAAAUUUCGAUGGUUUAAGUCGCAUCCCAGGUAUUAAUCUACAUGCUCUAGAUAUGUUAGGUUGUGGACUUUCGUCGAGGCCAAGGUUCCCUGGAACAGGAUUAAUCUCAAGUGUUAUCAAGAGAGGCCGCGUUACUAAGGAAGAAGUCUACGAAGCGGAGAAUUUCUUCAUUGAUUCGCUUGAGAAAUGGCGGCAGCAGCGAAAGCUUGACAAGUUUGUACUAGUUGGGCACUCGCUGGGCGGGUACUUAAGUUGCUGUUACGCUCUCAAGUUCCCUGAACGUGUGGAGAAAUUGGUUCUUGUAAGCCCUGUAGGAGUUGAAAAGUCUGUAUUCGACCUCACAAAAGAACACACUCCAUCGCAUAACAACGCCAGCGAGCUCGGACCGGACCUGUCCAAGGAGGUGACCAACAGUUCGGGGAGACCUACCACCGAUGACCCCGUCAAGACAUCGUCAUCUUUUCACGUUCCUGACGAAGCCGGAAACGUUGAACGCGUACCAAAUAUGCCCUGGAUAUUUUCUUCUAUGUGGACCUACAAUAUCUCGCCAUUUGGCUUGUUGAGGAGCGCAGGGCCAGCAGGACCACUACUUUCUUCGAGAUGGUCUUUCCGCAGGUUCUCCUUUGCAGAAAAUACGGAGCAACUCCUCACGUUCCAUGAGUAUUGUUACAGCAUAUUCAGUGGUUCUGGAAGUGGCGAAUACGCAUUGACUCGGAUCUUGGCGCCUGGCGUGUUGGCAAGAGUGCCUCUUCUAAGUCGUGUACCAGAGAAUCUCAAAUGUGACUCGUUUUGGAUGUACGGAAGCCAUGAUUGGAUGAGCAAAGAAGCAGGGAGUGUUAUAGUCAGACAAAUCAACAAAACCAAAGGAUCCGUUAAGGCUGAUUACUCCGUUGUCUCCGAUGCUGGUCAUCACUUGUACCUUGACAACCCAGAGGAGUUCAACCAAAAGCUUGCAAAGUUUCUUAAGGUUGAUCUGUAG